CAGUUGUCCCAGUUAAUGCUGCAGAAGAAGAACAAGAAGAAGAAGAAGAAGAAGAAGAAGAAGAAGAAGAAGAAGAACGAAACUAAUGGCUCUUUCGUGUCUCAGAGCUCGCAGGAAGUCCACAAUAGCUCCGUAUUUUCCACAAAAACUCGCCUUUUCUUUUAUUUUUAACUGGAAGAACAAAGACUAUAACCACGUUGGACAGGCGAUAGAUGACCGGAAUGGAGGAAUAUCAUAACAGCAACGAGGGCUCCUUCAACUCUGAAGAAGCUGAUAGCAUUGUCAAAGAGUGCAUCGAGAACGUGGUGGGGGGUGACGACUACAGCCAGAGUCAGGUGAACAAAUGGACCGCCGGCAUCGUGGAGCGCUGCCUCACACAGCUGGUCAAACAGGGGAAACCAUACAAGUACAUCGUGACAUGCGCUGUGAUGCAGAAAACGGGAGCAGGCCUCCACACAGCUAACUCCUGCUACUGGGACACUGCCAUGGACGGAAGCUGCACCGUGAGAUGGGAAAACCGUACUAUGUACUGUGUGGUCGGUGUGUUUGCUGUGGCUAUCGCAUAGGACGCACACACACAAAUAUAUAUAAAUGACGACCACUACCACCAGAAAGAGUGCAGUGUGUUCCUGUGAACAGCAGGGGGCCACCAAGUGCCAUAGAGUCCACAUCCAUACAGCUGUGUGUACAUAUCGAAGCUUGACCUUUUAACAUCUGCGGAAAAGCUGCAGGAAAGAUAACAGCUGUAUUUUGUUGUGUUUUCAGCCUUCCGAUGCAUGUAAACAUCAUCACCUUAAUGUAUUUAUCUCCUCAUGUCACUGCAGUGCUUUAAUAAUGUCACAUUUAGCCUGACAGCAUGCAGCAGCUGUUCUUCUUCUGCGUUUUAUUUUGUAUCAUGUCAACGAGAGAAACGGUGGUUUUGUACUUAUUUUGCUGCAGGAAAAUAAACAUGAAGAGAUUUAUGAA